CCUCUGACCCUCUGCCUGGACAGUGCUGAUUGGCCCUGUGCUGAUCACAUGCACACUCCCAAGAAAAAAAACUCUCUAGCAAUAUGCACCAAACUGAGCAUGUGCAGCUUGCCUCCAAGGCUCUGCCCUAUCAGCAGAUGGACUGGGGACAGUAGAAGAAGGGGAGGAUCAGAGAAGAUAGGAUCAAACGUGCUUUUUUACACAAUGCAAAGGAUUAACCCCUUAGGUUCCACAGUGAGUAUAACAAGCAUGCUUUACUGCAUAUACAGACUGAUUUUACUGUUGUGGGUUUAGUAACACUU